AUGCCCAACAACUUGCCCCCCGCGAGCAAUGAGAGGAGCUCCUGGCAGACCACACUUCCUCUAUCAUCUCAAGAAGAGAAAGAGCUCAUACUAGAAGCCCGCGCUUUGCGAGAAGAAAAGCUCAAGGCUCUGGCAGACGUCAUCAACAGCAUGUCCGUCGAGGUGACUGACAGAGAUAUCCUCCAUAUGUACUAUCGCGUCGAGGUUGGCUCUUAUCUCUUGCCAGCUUCGGCCUUCAUCGCCAACGAAAAUCCCUCUGGAGCUGAGGUUAUGAUCAAGCUCGCCAGGGAAUCUGCAAAUAAAUCCAAAAAUCCGCUCCUCGUUGCCAAGUGUGAGUUUUGGAUGGGUCGAGUUGAGUUUUUGCGCGGAAACAUGCGCAAAGCUCAUGAGCACUUCGUGAAGGCGAACCCUUGCGCCAUGGAUCCGAAGGAAGGUGUUGAAUGCCAGGACCUGAGCUUUUAUUUGGAUGUUACCAGGCAUGGAAUUAGUGAGCAUACUCGGGCUGUAAGACUACGUGCUCACGAGGAGGCUAUCGCGGCGCACGCGAAAUUCGACAAGACUGCGAACAACUCUGUUUCCACCGAAGAUAAACGCAAGCGGCCAUUGAGGACUUGGAAGGGGGCUCUCGUCAAACUACAACUACCUUUGAUCAAGCAACGUCCACUUACUAAAAUCAGAAAGCCCCGGUGUAGGGUGCCAAUUCUACGAAAAGUGGGCGAGAAGAAUCUCCAGCAAGGGAUAGAUACCGAGACAAGCUCCAAAAAUGAGGCUCUUGGAAAAGUCCUUGCAGAAGAGCUUGGGUACGAGUCUUGGAGUGAUUCUGAAGAUAACACCGAUACCGAGACUGAGGAUGAAUCUGAUGACGACCCCAGCGAAGGCCCUGCAGACGGUACAGAUGAUACCACAGAUGAAAACACACCAAACUCUCCAGGUGCCCCUGAUGAAACCCAACAGCCAGAGCCCUCCAUUGACACGACCACAGCUCUGGUCAACCGUCCGACUGAUCAAUCCGCGUACGAAAUGCCCAAGCCAGGAUCGGCCCGGGCCCGGUUCAGACAAGAAUGUUUUCAGAUGGGCCUCACAUCAGUACUCAACGCAGAACCUUACGAGCGUCCGAAAGAACCAUUUGUAUUUGGAAUCCCCCACGAACGUACGAAGCAGACCGAGUUCCGGCUCGGUUUUUUCAAGGUUGGCCUGACAAAACGGUGCCGCCCAAUGUCCAUUUUUCCGAAACAGGAUGGUGAAAUCACAAUUUCUCCAGAAGAAUGGAAAUCCAUCGAACAGGAUGCUCGUCAAAAGAUUGUGACUUAUGAUUACUUGCGAAGGGAGAGAUAUGAAUUGGUCAAGGUUGCUGAGGAGAUUGGUCGAGCAGUUUCCUGGUCUAGCGGUUAUGAUUUUCCGUUAACAAAUGCGAUUAGCAUAUGUUCCGGAAAGGUUCUGGGUUCGAUUCCCAGGGAAACUAUUUUUUUGAUUUUGCAUUUUUGUUCUUAA